AUGUAAUUAUUUUAUUAUGAUGUUUUAAAAAUCCUGUCUAGUCUAACAUCUACAAAUUUAAUAAAUCAGAGUUAGAAGGAGGAAAUAAAAAGUAAUUUCAAUUAUAAAUAUAUUAGGUUUGGUUUUAAAACACGACUCCAAGUUUUUAGAAAAGCUUCACUUCAUUUAUCAUUCUGAGAAUGCUAACAAAGAGGAACUUAUGAGAAACUAAGUUAUUCUUUAUGCAACGUCUUCCAAACAAAAAUUUAAAGACAAUCAAAAAAUUGAGAAAAUGAAAAUCAUAACUGAGGAAACUGAGGAACUAGAGGAAGAGUUAAUCCAAGGUUAGCUAUAAAAGCAUCGAAUAGAGAAGGAAUUUUUUUGA